CUCUCUUACUCACUCGUCCAGGCGGUCUAAAACUCCCCUGUUACCCGACACGCAACACAUUCAGCAGACUGUAGCAGCGACAGAAGCUCCUCCUUUUCAUCACAUCUGGAGCAGUGAAAGAAAAGGGAGGAACACACUGACAACUCUAGUUCUUUGUAUCAUUGGAUAUACAGUCUCAGACUUCAGUGAGUAAGAGCAAGCUUUUUUUUUUUAAAGCUAAAACUCCUUCACGUAACUCUGGACUGCUGGUUUCCUGAACACACCCAGGACUGCACUGACGCUUCCCUGCUCAGAGUCAAACUUCAACUAUCCAUCACCACUGAAAGACCGCACCUUUAAACUGCAGGUAAGUUUUGUUUACCUUCCUGCUCUGUUUGCUUGUAACUGUACCAAAUGCUCUACUUUUUCAACUAAUGUAGGAUCAGGAAAAAAAAAACUCAGACACGUGUUUUUUCCCCACAAAGCUCUGCUACAGGUCAGGCCUGAGAGGGCGUAUAUUUGGAGAGAGUUUGUCUUUGUUUAAUACCAAAACAAGUAACUCUGUUUGUUUUUAACUGACACACGCUCAUACUCGUGACAUGCAGCCACAUCUACCUUAUGGGCACACUUCCUUAUUAAGUCAAUGCCUUUUACUUCCCAUCCCUGAAUAACUGUAAGCAUCCCCACAUGUCUAAACUUGCAGAUCCAAUCGUUAUCAACACGCACCAGAAUUCCUCCUCCUGAAUCAUGUGCAAAUGAGUUGAAAGCACAGCAGGAGGCGUUGUUAACAUAAGUCUAUAGAAAGGGAAUAUUUUCCCAUGUGACAUGACUGACGGCUGUCAGCUCAACUUUUUUUACAAGGUGUCAGUCUUGUUACAUAACGUCUCAUACAAGUCAGAGCAGCUUUUCACUUCACUAAUGAAAGAGCUAUCCCCAGACAUUUGAUUGUGUUUCAUACCUGUUUUCCUCAUCUCCUGUUUGACGUAGUUCCUCUUAGAGCUGUCAUCACAUCUUGAAAUUCAAUCCACAUCUGAGCAUCUGUGAUCUUCUCUGCUCCCCAUCUUUCCUGUCAUUAAUUUAAAAAAAACAACACACAACUUAAAAGUUAUUUGAGACCCCUACUUUGCCACUUUAAGUCAAGUUUCCUAAGUUUGCUAACUGGAAAGUCAGUAAUUGGUGUGUUUCUACGCCAUGUAUAAAAAUGUUCCAGAUUCCACAUUAGAUCAUGCAGGCUGCAAACAGCCUUUAAGGAGAAAAAUGCUGGUUUGUGUCAGUGUGGCUGUUAAUGAAUGCUUUUCACUUUCCAGUGUUUCACAUCCUAAAUUUCUUCUGCUUCAGCACCAGUUCACUGAACCUCUCUCAGUUCACACUUCUGUGUCUGGGCUGCUUUGUAGCUUAUCUACAUAAAAUGAUAAACUCCUGCAUGCCGGGAAAGAACAACUUUUAAAUAGUGCAAAAUAACAUGAGAGCCCUGAUGAAUUGAGUCAAUAAGCAGAGGUAAAGCCAGAUUUGGUUGUAAUAUUAUAGAUUUUGUUCAGACAUUUAUCAGGUGUCAGGUGUAAGGAAGUCUUGUUAAAAGCUUGGCCUCCGCAGUAUGGUCUAUUUUGACUCUCUUCAAAAGAACAGGAAAGUGUGUUCAAAGAUAAGAGAAACAACACAACAGUUUUGACAACUAUCUGACCCUGAUGGAGCUGAAACUAUCUCUACGACACAUUACUUUCCCUGUAAAACAAUUCAGACUAAAAAGGACAGCCCACAGACGUGAUCAAGAAUGAGGCAGACAGGCAGGGAGUACAUGGUGUGAGUAAGGGGCAGGAAGGUAGGAGGAUUUGGUUGGUCAGGAAUGUGGAUGUUGAUCCUGGAGAAUGGACUGGGAGGGUCAAACUGGAAACAAACAGGGAAAAAAUGGAUGGAUGCCAAAUUCUUCAACACCCCAACAUUAAAAAGACUCAUCUAUAUAGUCAUGCUUUCAAAUUGAUUCUCCGUUGGCUGCACUGAGUACAAGGAAGAGUGAUUUUUAGCCCUUAUUAACAAAAAAAAUCCCUUUUUCCUCCCUUUCUCUUUUUUUCUUGCUGUGUUGGCUACACACUCCUUUGCAAAAACCACAGAGAACUGGCAGUAGCAGAAUAACAGUCUCUGGGCUGGGUUGACAAGGCCAAAAUUAAAGGCACCCGGACUUAGCUUUCUGGUCAAUGUACAAGAAAGAUAACUGGCUAGAGGAUUUUAUUGGAUGCUUAAUCACUGUAUCCCUAAUUCAAUUGCAUUUUGGUCUAGUUUAACACAUUAAUCAACCAGGUCAAAAGAAUAACAUUAAAGUUUAUGCCUUCAAUAAUAUGGCUGAAAUACGCCUUCUGCCAAGGUUUCUGUCCUGUAGCAAAAAGAACAACAUAUUGUAUCCGUAGUGAUGAACCCUGAUAAAAAUGAAAAUUCUGUAUUGUUUCUUUGUUUUCUUUUUGAUAAAGGAUGCCACUAGGAGGAGGGAACAAAUGCGGCUGCUGUCAGAAGACAGUUUACUUUGCAGAGGAAGUACUCUGCGAUGGGCGGAGCUUCCACAAGUCCUGCUUCCUGUGCAGUGAGUCAAGUUUUUGCUGCUUCCUGUCAUUGAGAAAAGUGUCAAACUUUGACACGUCACUUGUAUUUAUGACAAUGCGAGUGCAGCCUUGACUGCUAAUGUGAGCUGAUUAAGAUUUUGUUAAGGUAGAUAACAGCACCUAUUAUGAACUUUUGAUUGCUUGAUUCAAAAAAGAAUGAUGUUUUUUUUCCAUACUGUUAUUAUCCCUCUAUAUUUUAUCUCUAAUUUAAAGAAGUGCAGUAGUUUUAAUUCUUAUAAUGUGCAACAUCACAUCUCUGAUGUUUUGGCAUUAUCCCUUUAGAAUACUAAAAUCACAGCAGCAGUACAAAAAGCUCUACAUGUACCAACAGUAAAAAUGUACACAAUAACACACAUCUCUCUGCCUUAACUUGAAAACUAUGUAGGUUGAUGAGAUCUGAGUUAUUUGAGUUCCUGUGCUGUAAUGAAACAUUCCUGUGAAGGAAUUCAGAUGAGAACAUUUUUCUUCAAUAGAACUGUUCCAUAAAAGGAAAGUUAAGAGCCUAUCCAAACACAUGAACAUGUGCACAAAUAUGCAAAACAAUAAUACGCCUUCAUGUGUCUGUGGGUGUGUGUUUGUGUGUGUGUGUGUGUGUGUUUGUGAAUGUGCUUAUUAAGUGGUUUGUAGGAAGAGCUUGGACAGCACAACUGUUGCUGUUCAUGGAGAUGAGGUGUACUGCAAGUCAUGCUAUGGCAAGAAGUAUGGGCCAAAAGGCUAUGGUUACGGCCAGGGAGCGGGAACCCUUAGCAUGGACAAGGGAGAGGCUCUGGGUAUCAAGACUGAAGAGUGAGUACCAUCUCGACACACACUUUUCUGAGUUUUAUUUUCAGCCUUUUAUCAAUCUUUUGUUUUGUCUUUCUGUCAGAGCUGCCCCUCAUCGCCCUACCACAAACCCAAACCCAUCCAAGGUGGCUCAGAAGUUCGGAGGGGCAGACAAGUGCCAUCGCUGUGGCAAGUCUGUCUACGCUGCAGAGAAAGUGAUUGGAGCUGGGAGUGUAAGAAAAAGUAAAAAAGAUAUGAGAGUUAGAGUCAAUUUGAAAACACUACUUUUUAAAAACUGAUGUUUUUUACUUGCAGUCGUGGCAUAAGAUUGGAUGUUUCACAUGUGCAACAUGUGGGAAAAGCCUUGAGUCAACCACGCUAGCUGACAAGGAUGGAGAGAUUUAUUGCAAAGGUAAUUGACUUAAUAUCUUCACUUAUGAGUUCAAGUAAAAACAUAUUUCCAUAUAUAUCCAUAUAUUAUAUUUCCAUAUAAUUACAAAAACACAACACUUGGGACUGCACAAGCAUUGUCCAUAGACUUUUUUAUCUAUGUUUAGAUGUCAGAAGCCUCAUAAAAUCUGUCUGCAGUUAAAAAAUGUCUCGAAAAGUUGAUAAAUUGUGCAACAAGUUCAACACUUUGGGUGACAAUGUUUUGCAAUAUAAACCAGGCAGAUUGACUCAUACUUUUCCUUUUAAGCUGCAUUUUUUUGAAAACACAACCUAGGUCACAAAUUUUAUCAAACGGACGGAAUACAAAAACAGAGUGGCCUUUGUUUGAAGACUGAUUGCUCAACCUUGGUAGAUAGUUUAGUUGAGACAUGCCUUUAACUGUAAGAGUUAUAAUAACCAUAAGAUUACAGCAGAGGGCGCUCUCACACAGAAUAUACAGUAUACUCUAAUACUCAACACUGAGGCUUUUUCUGAUUGGUUAACAACAUAAAUUAUAGAAUUUAUUCAAGUGCUCCAGUUCAAGCACUUUAAAAUUAGGCAUACUCACUCCCUUGGACACCAUGGCCCAUGUGUACACUUGAUGUUGCCCUUUUUGAUGUUUUUAUUUAUACCUGCGAGGGCUAAAUCGCCAAUGAUGUCAGUUUAAGAUACCUAUGAAAACAGUUAGCAAUAUAAAACUAAUUAAGCACUUACAGGAAGUAAAUAAAAUAAACUAGCAAAGUACACAGCAGCAGAAUAAGAAGGUGCAGUCAUUAGCAGUGCUAGGUGUUAGGUGUGUGGCGGCUAAAGGUGAAGUGUGAACAAAAGAGCACCUUAGACUGCUUUGUGCUUCUCCAGUCAGAUCAUCGCACUUAACUUUGCAUGUCAAAGCAUGUCAAAACUUAAACCCACAGGUGUAAUUACUAGUAUUAGUAAUAAUGACUGUACUCCAGUUUGGUGAUCCUGAUCAAAGCUGCAGUCAGCUGAGCUUCAUACUGUAAGUUGCUGUUUCACUGAGGUUGCUUCCACCAGCAAACAACAGUCAUCCUGAAUGAAGGCUUAACAUUUAUGCUAUUUCUAAGUCAGUAUGUUUGCUGAAACUAUUAUAUGAACUUCUAUAGGCUCUCCUUUUACAUGAAGACAAUACCUACCAUCAGUAACAUUACACACGCCUUGACUUUCUAAUGCAACCUACCUGUUCCGAUUGAUUCACUGAUAAUAAUAAUGUUAACAGCUGGUCAGUGUUUGGUUUUCACAUGGCUCACUAUUAGUAAGCAAAUGUUAAUUGGCCAACAAACCAGCCCUGAGCCACUGGUGACACUUGUUUUAAUCUGAAUUUAGUUCAUGUCCUUGGCUCAAAUGACAGGCAGGGGAAAACUUAUAUGAAUGACAUGUUUACUUUAAGUUUGUGACUUUACCUUUCUUUCCAACAGCCUGCUACGGCAAAAGCUUUGGUCCCAAAGGAUUUGGAUAUGGACUGGGGGCCGGGGCAUUGUCGCACACUAAGUGAAGACUGCUGAGAUCUCCAGUCCAGUAACAGUGUUUCAAGGAUACUGCACUUCAAUCUUUUACCUGCAGAGGGCAGAGUGUUUAAAUUACAAAUGCACUUUAUGAAUAAAAAGACACAUUUUUAAUCUUACAAAGGAAAUUUACAACCAUGUUAUUCACAAACAGGGCGAAACAGUGGUUAUUUCAAGUACAGGAUUAGUUGCUGUUUCUAACACAUUUAACAUAAAUUUUCCAAAAUUCUGUUUCAAUUUAGUUUGUGGUUUUCUUUGUUUUCAUUGUAAGGCUGUUCAUUUUCUCUACAAAAAUAAUUUGUUUUGAUAUAAUGUGCAUGUGUGUUAAAUUAUAACGUGGCAAAAAAUCAAAUUCUUAUUUCUGGCUUCUCAUUGGUACAGCAAGGAAUUACAAUAACAUGGGACAACCUCUGUAUGUGUUUCUACACUUUUAAGUAGUGUGCUGGGGGUGGGGUGAGGGGAUGCCUAAAAGAUGUGCCCUCUUGGAUGUCCCUGAUGUAAAUAAAACAUUAUGAAACCCCUUC